UAACAGAAAGGAAACUCUGUUGCUACUACUACAUGUGGAAAAAUGAGCUGGAGAAAUGAAACUUUUGUUUGGACUAUCUAAGUAUUAUACACUGGAAAGUAGCUUUCAGCUGUCCCAAAGGAUGUGAUUUCAGGAUGGAGGCAUUGCUAGAAAGAAUGCGAAAGCAAGGACAAGGCAGAGGAUUCCUGACUUCAUGUGAGGCUGAACUACAGGAGUUAAUGAAGCAAAUAGACAUCAUGGUGGCUCAUAAGAAAGCUGAAUGGGAAAGUCAAACUCAGGCACUGGAGUCCUGCUUAGAUAUUCGAGAGCAAGAAUUGUCUUCUCUCAAGAAUAUUCUGGAUGAGAAAUGCAAAGAGAUUGAGAGGUUGUGCCAGAGACUUGAAGGGAUGGAAAAGCUGAAUCACGAUGUGACUGUGGAGUAUGAGCAACAGUUAAGUAAAGUCCAGGAGGAGCUAGCCAGACUAAAGAGGAGUUAUGAGAAAUUGCUGAAGAAACAACUGAGAGAAGCCAGGCAGUCUUCCAAGAGCCAAGAAAAUGAUCAUUCUGAAGUAGGCAUCCUGACCAAGAAAUUAGAGGAGUUCCGCCAAAAAUCUCUAGACUGGGAGAAGCACCGCUUAAACUACCAACAGCAUGUGGCAUCACUGGAAGCUCAGAGGAAGGCUUUGGCUGAGCAGUCUGAACUCAUUCAGGCUCAGUUGUCCAGUCGGAAGCAGAUGUUUGAGUCUGUUGAACUGGCAAGCAAAUCUGAAAUCCAUCAUUUAACCAGCAAACUGGAAAGAGCCAAUGACACUAUCUGUUCCAAUGAACUGGAAAUGGAGCGGCUGAAUAUGAAAGUAGACGAUUUGACCGAUACCAACAAGACAAUUCUGGAGGAACAACAAAGACUCAUAGAGGAACUAAAACUUUCCCGACAUUCACUGGAGGUUCUAAAUGAUGAAAAGAUGGAACUCAGGGCCACUCUUUUGUCUCAGGAGGACUUUGUUAACAGCUUACAGAUUCAUAAUGAACAGUUACAGCAAGAGGUGUCUAAGCUAACUGAGAUGCUGUGCUCUAAUGAAGCUCUCCUCCGCCUGGAAUCUACAAAAGCAAAGGGCAUCCAGCCAGAUGAAGAGCUAACUGAAAAGAGCCAGAAGUUGCAACUGGCUGAAGAACACCUCUACCAGGCCAAGGCAGAAAUUGAAAAGCUGAAGGAGCAACUAUUACAUAAGGAACGAAGCCAUAACUCUGAGUUGGAGGGAAUGAAACAGGAGGUUACCCAACUAACCAAGGAACUGCACCAGCGUGACAUCACAAUUGCCUCAUCUAGUGGGUCUACCUUGGGUUUGGAGCAACAGCUAAGAACAGAAAUUGAAAAAGCAGAGCAAAAGGCAGUGGAACACAGGGCUAUCCUUGCUCAGUUGGAAAUGCUCAAACAAGAAAAUCAGCACCUCUCAGAAAUGCUGCAAAAGGUAAAAAACAUCCCUUUAGCAGAACUCCAGGAAAGUUAUAUCAAGGCCCUAAAUAAAGUGGAGUCUGAGAAGCAGCAACUACAGAAAGAACUAGCAGAAAGUAGAACUGUUUUGGAAACCUCAUCUCAAAUCCCUCAGGACAAAUAUGAGAGUAUUGUGCAGGAGAUGCAACAUCAAGUGAUUGAGAUAAAGAAUACAGAGAGCAGAAAAAUGCAAGAGCUGCAGUGCAAGCAUGAUGAAGAACUGCGAGCUCUCCAGGCUAGAUUUGACAAAGCUGUUCAGCACUAUGGAGAGGAAAUCCAGAAGAUGCAACACUUGUCGGCCAGAGUCUCUCUUUCUAGUACAGCUACUGAACUGUCACCUCCGAUCGCCAGGAGCCACUCUGUGGAAUCUAUAUCCUGUAGUCCCCUUGUGAGAUCAGAUCCCUUGAUACAUGGAAACAAGAAAUUUAUGUAUGAUGCAGCAAGCGACUGUGAUAAUGAAUUUUUGCCUCUGAGCCCACUGCCUAUCGCAAACCUUGGUGCGAUUGCUGCCAAGUUUUUGGAAGAAGAAGAAAAAAGAUCUCACCAUAUCUUGGAACGCUUAGAUGCACAUAUUGAGGAACUGAAAAGGGAGAGUGAAAAAACAGUGCAACAGUUUGCACACCAAAAGUGACAUUGCUUCAAGGUCCAUGGACUGGAGAGCUCGCUUAAUUUAAGCUGCUUGAAACAAAGGGCAGGAGGUAGUUAUCUUCCAUGGAGUCCUGAGGAGCUAGGUAGGGGGCUCCCUCUUUCUUUGUCUCAAAUUUUCAGUGAUAGUGAAAUUAUAAUGAAGUUUGGAGUGAAACAUAGCAAUAAUUGCACUACUACAGAAAGCCUUAUUGGCAAUCUCUGAGUAUGCAGUGACCUUCAGAAGGGAAUGAUGUUGCCAGCUGUAUGAAGAAUGUAAAGUUUAUUUUAUGAAUGUAUGUAAAGAAAUAAAAUGAGAAAUAUA